AUGUUGCGCUGGGCCAUCCUCGGAACGAGCUUCAUCUCGGACGUUGUCGCAAAGGCAAUCCUUGCAAGCCCCAACUCCCACAUCCAGGCCGUCUUUGGCCGCAACGAAGAGCGCCUCAAUGCCUUUGCCGAUCGAUACGGCAUUGCCUCUCGCUACACCUCCAUCGAUGCCCUCCUCGACGACCCCAGCGUCGACGUAGUCUACGUCGGCCUGCCCAGCCACAAGCAUGCCGAGGCCACCAUUGCCGCUGCCAAGAAGGGCAAGGCUAUCCUGUCCGAAAAAGCCCUGGCCACUACAAUGGAAGAUACCCAUUCCAUGAUGGCCGCUGUCAAGGAGGCUGGCGUCUUCUUCCUUGAGGGCCUCAUGUACCUCAGCCACCCUGUCCACCAGACGCUCGUCGAUAUCCUGAAGGAGGGCAAGCUCGGAAACGUCAAGGGCAUUAACGGCUACUACGCCGCCAACAUUGCCAAGAAGGCAAACCCUCUUGGCAAGGGAACUAUCUACAACCUGGGCUGCUACCCCGUCUCGCUUGUCCACCUCGUCAUUGAGACGGCCUUUGGCCCUGAGGCUUGGGCGAAGCGAACGGUUCUGGGCCAUGGUAACCUUGCCCACGACGACGGUGUCGCUCAUGUUCGUGAUGCUGCUUUGGUAGUUCGCUUUGAUUCUGGUGUCCUUGCCACCCUUCAGUCUACAGACAGCUUCGGUAAUGACUCUUCCUUCACCAUUCAGGGUGACAAGGCUGUUCUUAGCUUCCAGACAAACCCUUGGUUGCCUCUUGCUGGCGAUAACAUCAUCCAGAUCAAGACAUAUGGCGGUGAAGUGGAACGUAUUGUCAUCCCAAGCAACAUGGACGCCUUCGGCUGGCAGGUUAAGCGCGUCGAAGACUGCGUUGGCGCUGGUGUGAAGGAAGCUCCCCGACCAUCUCCCACUUGGGCCAACUCUGUGGAGAUUAUGGGCGUGCUUACGGAGUGGGAGACUGAUAUCAUGAAGAGAAACGGUCAAAACUAA